CCCAGGUCUUACAGAGCGGAAGAGGGCAGAGUUAAGCUACCAGUUUAUUACGUGGCGUGCAGCACGAGCCUAUGCAUAUUCACUCAGAAAUUAGCUCCACUGUUUUCAAUCGGACUUACUCCCGCGUAUGUGCGCAUAGGAUUUUAAACGUGCUGUUUGUACUCAGUUGAAAGGAAUGCAAUAGAACAGUCAACAGUGGUCCCCUUUCGGUGCCACAAAUACUUGUAUAAACACGCAAGUGCUUCAGCUUCCAGGCAGAGAAGGAAACGGAGUUCUUUUACAGGCGCCACUUACAUCUGAUGAAGGAAACAUUCGCGCCUCCCAUCCGGUUUGCAGAUCCUUCGGUAUGAUGAUCGAGUCGGUGAGGUCUGGAAGGAUUCACAUUGCGCCUGCGCCCUUCGUAGCAGGAGGAGCGGCGUAUUAAGAGGCGGGUCCCGUAUACUCUCGCGGUCUUUGACGCCGGCGAAGCUCGAGCCGGGCCUGUGUGUGUUGCCGGCCGGCUAGCUGGCCGGGCUUGUUGGGGAAGGAGCUAUGUCACAGCGCGGCAUGGCGCACCGAGGCUCGGCGAGGCCGUCGGAGACGGAGAUAGCAGCACCGAAGGAAGCAAAGGCCGUCCUGGAACAGCGGCUGAUUGCAGGAAGGGCCCACACAGAAGGUGGAUCUGCACGAAUGUCACUUCUUAUAUUAGUGGCCAUCUUCUUAUCAGCUGCUUCUCUUAUGUUUCUGGUAUAUAAAAAUUUCCCACAGCUUAGUGAAGAAGAGAGAGAAUGUAUAAAGAUUCCCAGAGACAUGGAUGAUGCUAAAGCCUUAGGAAAGGUUCUCUCUAAAUACAAGGAUACCUUCUAUGUACAAGUAUUAGUGGCCUAUUUUGCUACCUAUAUUUUCCUGCAAACCUUUGCUAUUCCUGGGUCUAUAUUUCUGAGUAUACUCUCAGGAUUUCUCUACCCCUUCCCACUAGCUCUGUUUCUUGUUUGUCUAUGCUCUGGACUUGGGGCCUCUUUCUGUUACAUGCUGUCCUAUUUAGUUGGAAGACCAGUCGUGUAUAGAUAUUUAACAGAGAAAGCAGUGAAAUGGUCAAAACAGGUUGAACGACACAGGGAACACCUCAUUAACUACAUAAUAUUUUUGAGAAUAACUCCUUUUCUUCCUAAUUGGUUUAUCAAUAUAACCUCUCCUGUAAUAAAUGUCCCACUGAAAGUGUUUUUCAUUGGUACUUUUGUAGGUGUUGCACCGCCAUCUUUUGUAGCAAUUAAAGCAGGAACAACACUUUACCAGCUUACAACAGCCGGUGAAGCGGUCUCGUGGAACUCUGUUUUUGUUCUCAUGAUUCUAGCUAUCAUCUCCAUUCUGCCAGCUUUCUUCAAGAAGAAACUUGAACAAAAGUUUGAAUGAGUCAGUCUGGAUUUUUACUUCCCAUAUUUCAUCUCAGGAUCAGCACUGUUUCUAUGAUCACUUUUCUAUUGGAACUUUAGCAACUACAAAGGAGAUAUUUUGUUGGGAAUAAAAAUGUUUCUGGACUUCUUCUGGACAAGGCAAAACUGCAGAUGGAAUGAAAUUUAAGUGAACCAUAGCAUUUUUUAAAAGAAGAGAAACAUUGUUAAUUUUAACCAAUUUGUAAUACUUAAUUUGAAAUAUAUAUGCUUUAUCUGAUUAUUAUUUUUGACCUGAUGGCUUAAUGUGAAUAAUUCAUUCCUGUUUCCCUCUGUGAUAUCUUCACUGUCAUUCAUAAUAAUUCCUGAAGAAUAAUGGAUGUUCAGUUGAUUCUGCUGCUCAGUGGAAUAAGAAACAAUUGCCUCAUCAGUGGAAUAAUAAACGAUUGCAUCGUUUUAGUAAUUGCUUUCUUGUUGGAAAGCAGAGACAGGGAUAGUUUGACCAGUGUUUCAGAAGUUCCUAGGUUUCUUUAUUAUCGAUUAGUUUACACUAAUUGCGGAAAUGCUAAAAGAAAUCAGGUUACCAGCCUUUUAUCUAUGUCUUAUUUUAAUGUUUUUGUUUGGUGUGGCAAGGCUGUUGACACUUUAUCAUGACGCAUUAAAAUGCUAGAAGUAUGAAGUUGUUUGCCAGUAUUUAAAUAUAUGGCAGCUAUUUCCCAAACUGCUAAAAUUUUAUUAAAUAGUAAUUAUUCAGCUGUCAAGAGCAGUUCAGCAUACAUUUAUAAGGGCAUAUUAAAGUGGGGAAAGCAGGAAAUGUUUCUUUUUCGUUUAGUAACAGCAACUGAUAAUUCCUGAAAAUAAAUAAUUAAAGUUAAUGAGA